AUGGCUGUAGGAAAAAGCGAAUUCAUUCGACCUCUUCCUGGGGUCGAGCUGCCGGUAAACAAUCGUCCCGAUGAAUGGAAGAUCGAGCAAGGCUUGUCCGGUGCAAAGCUCCCUAUCCUGGACCAGAGCGGACCAGAGCCACGGAUCAUUGAACCUCAAGCAUGGCCGGAGAUCGUCAAGGACGAGGCCGCCAUCAAGGCGGUCGGUGAUCCCGAAGAGCUGUUCCAGAGGGAGUUGGUAGGCUGGCAGGGAUACGUCGAGUGGGAAGCCUACCCCGAGAAGAAAGCGGCAGCCCACAAAAUCCUAACCCUGCAGACCUUCCCGCCGAACCCAGAGUUCCAAAUGGGGCCGAUCCCGGAGACCAACCCCGUCCUCCCAGGCACGCACUGGAAGAUGUGGCACCACGCACUGGGCGGCGAGCUGAUGAGCGUCCCGGAGGACUCGUGGAAGACGGUGCUGCGCGAGAAGCACCCGGAAAUGCUGCACCUGCUUCAGUUCCCGUACAACGGCGAGCCACCGAAACGGCUCGUGACGGACAAGGCCAUCACGCCCAACUCGCUGCACUUCGUGCGCAACCACGGCGGCAUCCCGCUCAUCGACAAGGACCAGUGGAGCAUGACGCUCGACGGCCUCGUCGCUAACCCUAGGACCUUCAACCUCGCGGACCUGAUGGACGAGUCCAAGUACCCGCGCGUCAAGAAACUCGUCACGAUGCAAUGCUCUGGCACGCGGCGCAUCGAGCAGAUCUCGUUGUACGCGGGGCAGGGGGACGAAGUGCCGCAGGCCCCCUGGGCGGAAGGCGCUAUCGGCACGGCCGAGUACACGGGCAUCAGUCUGAAGAAGGUGAUCAAGGCGUGCGGCGGGCUCAUCAACGGGGCGAAGCACCUCGAGUUCUACGGCGCUGAAACGUACUUCAAGGACAACGAGGCGAUGAACUACCUGGUCAGCGUGCCGUGGUCGAAAGUCAAAGCGAACGAAGUGCUGCUCGCAUGGGAGAUGAACGGCGAACCCUUACCCGCGAUCCACGGCUUCCCGCUGCGCGUCGUCGUACUCGGCUACAUCGGCGCGCGCAGUGUCAAAUGGCUAUACCGCGUCAAAGCCAUCGAGGGCCCGAGUCUAGCGCCCGUCCAGAGCAAAGAAUACCUCUACUUCAACCAGCAGAUCGGGAAGUACAACCAGAAACCGACGGACGGGAUCCAGAUCCAGGAGAUGCCCGUGUCGUCGGCCAUUAUGUCGCCGUGGACGAAGCAGGUCGUCAUCCACAACGGCAGCAUCCAGUGCAAAGGCUGGGCGUACAGCGGCGGAGGACGCUGGCCGGAGCGCAUCGAGUUGUCCGCCGACGGCGGGUUCAGCUGGUAUGCGGUGCCCAACGAGAACAUGUCGCCUAAGCAUAAGUGGACGUGGCGCACCUGGACAUACGAUCUGCCCUGUGACGUCGAGGGCUGGGUCGAGAUCGUCUGUCGCUGCUGGGACAACUCGCUCAACACGCAGCCGUUGACUGUGCGGGCCGCGUGGAACUGGGGCUUGCAUGUCACGAGCUCGGCGCAUAGGAUUUCCGUUUAUAGUGUCAAUAAGAGUCGGGAGCGCACCAGGGAGAAGUUGCAGAGGUUUGUCGAUGAGAAGUCCCCGAUUGCCCCGUUGACGUGGCCCGAGGAGUUUAGGACCCAGAGUUGGGAAGAGUAUAAGGCAUUCUGGAAGACGAAUGAUCCCAGGGAUGUGGAUGAUUGA